CCCUCUAAAACUACAACAACUGCAGAACCAAAUUCGUCUGGAACAAGAAGGUGGCCAGCGGUACCAUCACCACCAGCAACAUCAAAACCCUCCCCCAUCUCCUCCUUUUCCUCCUCCCCCUUCUUUCCAGGAGCUGGUGUCCAGCCAGUCUGUCACUUCUCCGGUGCAAAUGAGCAUUCUCAACUCCCACACUUCCCCAACCAUGCAGUCAUCCAGCACUUUCAACUACGCCCGGCCUAAACAGUUCAUUGCUGCUCAGAACAUCAGCCCUGCUUCAGGUUAUGUAACUCCUUCAUCUGGCUCUUCCACAUCCAGCCUGCCAUCCCCUAUGUCUCCAACUGCCUCUCAGAAACAAUUUGGCAGAGCACCUGUUCCCCCUUUCUCCCAGCCAUUUGCUCCGGAAGGGGAGUACUUGUGGUCUCCAUCUUCCUCUUCGCCCCCUCCCCCACCUCCACCAGUCUUUAGUCCAACUGCAACAUUUCCAGUUUCUGAUUCCUUCCCACUUCCCCCACCCCCUCCUCCUCCUCUCUCUUCCUCAGUUUCCUCACCUUCCCGCAGCCUUUCUCCAACUGCUAGAUUCUCUAACUCCAGCCAGUCUCCAGCAGCGUUCCUCAGCUCCAUGUUACCAUCCCAGCCACUGCCUAUAUCUGUUAAUGCACUAGGACUUCCAAAAGGUGUUAUGCCUCCGGGAUUUCCAAAGAAAACAGGCAGAACUGCUAGGAUAGCAUCUGAUGAAGAGAUUCAAGGGACAAAAGAUGCUGUCAUACAGGACCUGGAAAGAAAACUUCGUUUCAAGGAAGAACUUUUGAACAAUGGCCAGCCGAGGUUAACAUAUGAGGAGAAGAUGGCACGUCGACUACUGGGUGCUGACAAUGCUGCAACUGUUUUUAGUAUACAGGAACCAGACGAAGAGCCCACUACACAGGAAGCUUGCUCUCUUGGUGCUUCUGUAAUGAGUCCUGUGGAUAAUCAAAAGGAGUAUAAAGUCUCCAGCUUUGAGCAGAGACUGAUCAGUGAGAUUGAAUACCGCCUGGAGAGGUCUCCUGUGGAGGAAUCGGAUGAUGAGGUGCAGCAUGGAGAUGAGCCCACUGAUAACAGUGUGGCACCAUAUUUUGAGAUGAAGCUGAAACAUUACAAAAUCUUUGAAGGAAUGUCAGUCACAUUUACAUGCAGAGUGGCUGGAAAUCCAAAGCCAAAGAUUUAUUGGUUCAAAGAUGGGAAGCAAAUCUCUAAAAGGAGUGAUCACUACAGAAUUCAAAGAGAACCAGAUGGGACCUGCUCUCUCCACACUACAGCCUCCGCCCUGGAUGACGAUGGGAAUUACACUAUCAUGGCUGCCAACCCCCAGGGCAGAAUAAGCUGUACUGGAAGGCUGAUGGUUCAGGCUGUCAAUCAGAGAGGACGGAGUCCUCGAACACCCCCCACCCAGCCUCAUAUCAGAAGACCUCGAUCUCGAUCAAGGGACAGUGGCGAUGAAAAUGAACCAAUUCAGGAACGAUUCUUCCGACCUCAUUUCCUGCAGGCUCCUGGAGACCUGAUUGUUCAAGAAGGAAAACUCUGCAGAAUGGACUGCAAGGUCAGUGGAUUACCAACUCCAGAUCUAAGCUGGCAACUCAAUGGAAGACCAAUUCGUCCUGAUAGUUCUCACAAAAUGUUGGUGCGUGAGAACGGUGUACACUCUCUCAUCAUAGAGCCAGUCACAGCUAGGGAUUCUGGAAUCUACACGUGCAUUGCAACCAAUCGAGCUGGUCAAAACACAUUCAGCCUGGAGCUCAUUGUUGCAGCUAAGGAAGAACACAAGCCACCUGUGUUUAUAGAGAAGCUACAGAACACAGGAGUGGCUGAUGGAUAUCCCGUGCGACUGGAGUGUCGAGUCUCUGGGGUGCCAUACCCUCAGAUAUUUUGGAAGAAAGAGAAUGAGUCACUUACUUACAACACUGAAAGAGUGAGUAUGCACCAGGAUAACCAUGGCUACAUUUGCCUGCUUAUUCAGGGAGCUACAAAAGAAGAUGCUGGUUGGUAUACUGUGUCAGCUAAGAAUGAGGCUGGGAUUGUGUCCUGCACGGCCAGGCUUGAUGUUUAUACUCAGUGGCAACAACAACCUCAAACCACCAAGCCAAAGAAGGUGCGUCCCUCAGCCAGUCGAUAUGCAGCACUUUCUGACCAAGGACUAGACAUCAAGGCAGCAUUCCAGCCUGAAGCAAACCCAGUUCAUCUGACAUUGCAGUGUGGCUUGGUAGAGAGCGAUGACCUGUAGACCCGAGCUGCCAGAUCCAUCAUUUUCUUUCAAAGCAGAAACACUGAAAGCCAUUGCCUUGACCAAUGAUACUUCUAUGUCACUUUAUGUAAAGCCAGACACCUUCAAGUACAAAAAUCCCCAUCAUAACCAUAUAUUUCUUAUUCCUACCAAAUUAGGAUAGGUAGCUGAUUAAAUGUUCACAUUGCACAGAAAAUCACAUUCACUGUUCAGUUCCUUAUGCCUAUAUUGCUAGAACUCUUAUAACCUUUCAUAAAGGCCAAAAUACUUCUGAAAAAUCUGGUUCAGUUAGUAAACAGUACAGUAUUUAUCACAGAGUGCCUUCCUAAGCAAGAUGUAGAUGCUACAUGGUAUUAAUGGUGUGAGAAGUUUCAUUUAAGGCUA